AUGCCAUAUCGGUUAACGCAAAACCCCUCUCCUCUAAUUCCUUCGGUUCCGCAACUUGACGGAAACUCGGUAGUCUUCCCGGCGUGGCGUUCUCGGACCGAAGAUGUCCUUGCAAUCCAGGGGGUGCUCGACAUCGUCCAGGGCAAAGUUCCCCGCCCAAAAGCCGAAGCGAUUGACGCUAAACCAAUAGUCCAUACCAAAAAGGGGUACAACCCUGAAGAUUUCCGCACUGACUGGGACACCCUAUUGGAUGUCGCUCGAUCAACGAUCAAGCUCACCCUGUCCGUUGACUUAUCCAUUCGUUACCGCGACAUCAAGCCGGCUAGCAAGUUGUACGAUCAAAUAUGCGAAGCAUAUGAGAAGAAUACUCGGGCUCGCCGACUCAUGCUUGAAGAUGCAUUUUGGACCGCUAAACACGAUCCCAACGUUCCGAUUGCCAAGUGGAUUGCUCGUAUACGAAUGGCGGCUUCCGAUCUCACGAGUGUAAAGCUGACCCCUCAUGAUCAACAAGUCUGUGAUCGUUUACUCCGGGGACUUGACGACUCGUGGAAGCCUAUUCGGGACCACUUAGUCUACUCUCCCAACGAGGUCUCGUUGGACGAUGCUAUUGGGGCUCUGGAAUCGCACGAGGUUUCGACUCAGGUCUCAACCGACCACUACAAUGCCUCAGCGUCUGCGGCAAAGGCAAAGCCAAAGCUUGGAUGUUGGAACUGCGGCCAGAAGGGCCAUCACUCGUCCAAAUGCCCUAAUCCGUCCAUAAAGAAGAAAUCCGGAACUCAAGCGUCCUCGACUGAAGCUCGCGCUGGAGUGGUCUCUUUCGCUACUCUUGGCAACUACUCUGAAGGAGAAGAGGACGACGAAGACAGCUACGACAAUGAUGGCUGUGACGUUGUUUGGGGCUAG